CCCCCGCCCCCCCGCCGGGCCCCGCCGGGCGGGCGGCGCGCGCAGCCCCGUCGGCGCCAUGCGCGAGUACAAGGUGGUGGUGCUGGGGUCGGGCGGCGUGGGCAAGUCCGCCCUCACCGUGCAGUUCGUGACCGGCUCCUUCAUCGAGAAGUACGACCCCACCAUCGAGGACUUCUACCGCAAGGAGAUCGAGGUGGACUCGUCGCCGUCCGUGCUGGAGAUCCUGGACACGGCGGGCACCGAGCAGUUCGCGUCCAUGCGGGACCUGUACAUCAAGAACGGCCAGGGCUUCAUCCUCGUCUACAGCCUGGUCAACCAGCAGAGCUUCCAGGACAUCCGGCCCAUGCGCGACCAGAUCGCGCGCGUCAAGCGCUGCGAGCGCGCGCCCAUGGUGCUGGUGGGCAACAAGGCGGACCUGGAGGGCGAGCGCGAGGUGGCGUUCGGCGAGGGCAAGGCCCUGGCCGAGGAGUGGAGCUGCCCCUUCAUGGAGACCUCGGCCAAGAACAAGGCCUCGGUGGACGAGCUCUUCGCCGAGAUCGUGCGCCAGAUGAACUACGCCGCGCAGCCCGACGGCGACGAGGGCUGCUGCUCGGCCUGCGCCAUCCUCUGAGCCGCCCCGGGGGGU